GCACGUGACAGACACGCAGACAGAACGCCCCUGUUUCCCGCAGCGACGAUGGCGAGAUCUGCACCGAGAGGGCUUGGACUUCUGUUGACGCUCUUCGCACUGCGAAGCAUUGGCUUCGUUGGUCAGGAGCGUGCGCUGCCGCGUCGCGGUCGCGCGCCCCGGCACGCGGCACAGGACCUGGUGCUCCGGAAACUCACUCCCGUGGUGCUUUGCCCCGCGCAGUUCGGGACGCGGGAGGACUACGAAGAGCUGAAGGUGAACUUGGAGGAGCGAGGCUUCGCACUCUAUGCAGCGCCCUUGUCCAGGUUGGACUGGCUGCGAAUUGUUCCGAGCACCUUCACGAAGGAGUUCUUCACAGCAGAGCUGCGGCCCAGGAAGACCUUAGGCUUCUUUUAUGAAGCCCUAGACCAGGCCAUGCGAGAGGUGGAGCAAGACUACGGCCCAGAGGAGCCCGUGGCCUUUUUGGGACAUUCCAUUGGAGGUUGGGUGGCAAGGUCCUACAUCGGUGAGGUCUUAGGGGACCAAGCGAUGCGGCGGGUGCGGUCGCUGGUGACGUUGGGCACGCCCCAUCAGCCGCCGCCCGCUGAGUCGGUGGUGGCCGCCUUGGACCAGACCCGUGGUCUGCUCACCUACAUCAACGAGAAAUUUCCUUCAGGUUCUCCGCUGAACACCUCGCUGGUGACGUGCGUGGCGGGUUCUGGGACCAAGACCCCUGCCUCGAUGGAGGUGAUGAUGGAGGGCGUAGGUGAGAAGCUCUGGAACCAGACGCAAAACCGCAGCACCUUCUUGGAGGAGGUCGUGGCCUUGGCAUCUUACCUGCCGUUGUCGGGCAGCACCUUCGACGUCGAGGGCGACGGGCUGAUCCCGGUGGAGACCGCGCUCAUGGAAGGCCGUGGGAAGCGGUUGUCUUGGAUGAUUGCAACCAUGCCGACUUCGUGCCCAUGCCCGGGGAGAGCUUGCGGUUGCCCAAGACUAGGAGAGACAUAUGAUCUCAGUAGCGGUGCCUGAACCAGAAUCACCCAUAAAGCAGCGGCCUUGGCUGGGUUUUUAGGAAACUUCGCCGUUCGUUUGAGCCCCACUGGCUGGAUGACAAGAAGAGUUUUUGCGCCCAUUUGACUGUCCCCACCGGGCAAGGGACCAACUCCAGAACGUCCACCUCACGAGGUCCUACAAAUGGUAUGGCUCCGAGGGAUUUAUCGACGCGUGGGCCAAGUUUUUGUGAGGGACGGAUUUCUUUGGGUGCGAGAUUCCAUGUCUGAAGGGGCUUGCUUGGACU